CACUUAUUCUUUUUGUUUUCUAAGAAGAUUCUCAGUCACUUUUUUUUUUUUUCGUUUUUUCCAAUGUUGGCUGUUCGGUCAGUGACAACAACGCCGCUGGCGAGCGUUCCGUCGCGCCUGCUGCACGACCGAGUCCGCCAAAACUUUCUCACCCAGCAUCUGAACAUUCUGCGCAUGCCGCUCGUCCACGGGGUGCCCGAGAUGCAUCCUGUCGUCGCAGAUCGCCUCGAGCAGAUUGAGCGUCACAGCUCGACCACGACCGCUCUGGCCCAGCAGCUGCAGCUGCCCCAGCAGUCCCAGCAGUCCGCCGCCCCACACACCGUCCAGCAACCAUCAAAGAAGCAGAUGAAGGCCAGCAUUGCGGCAGCAGCAACAGCACCAGCAGCAGUGUCGUCAGCAGCGGUUUCAGCCAGCCGCAUGGCGAUCGGCGGCUCGUCCUCUUCAGGCGCACCACCACCAGCCCGAGCGCUGGCUGCCUCGCCCGCCACUCCAAAGCGCAGCGUGUCUGCACUCGACCAGGCCCACGAGAAGGCGCUCCGGAUGCACACGCUGCUCGGUCAGGUCCUCCACUCGCCUGCGUUCGGCGACCCAGCUGCUCCAUCCUCGCUUUCCACCGCUCAUGCUGCUCAUGAUGCUCCUACUGCUGCUCCUGCUGCUGCUGCUGCUGCUGCGCGUCCGAGCCCGUCUCUGAGCUUUGCACGCUGGUCCGUCCCAAGCACGACCUGGUCUGCACCCGCUGCCUCUCCCAAGCCCAAGACCACCACUGUUCCGUCGAGCCUGCCGUUGCCGCCGUCGCUCGCCCAGCGCCAGUCUGCCCAGUCGCAGUCGUGGCUGUACGACGACGUCAUCACCGCUCGCAUGGUCGCAUACAACAAGCACAUUGCAUACAUGCACCGUCUCGUCCGGUCGCUCGAACACCCCGAGGCUUCCAGCACGAUGGAGCUCAGCCGAGCAGAGCUGGGCGAGUUUAAGGCAGUUGUUGAAAGCGCUGCAUUUUCAGUGCGCAACCAUCUGGAUGAGAAGGGCGGAGUGCCAGUGCGCGGACGACGCAUCGCGCGUGUCAUCCGACAGCAGUCCCUGAAGCGUCGCGAGAUGCAGGCAGUGGUUGACAGCAUCAGCGUGCCGCCGACGCGAGCGCAAAUGGUGUCGCUCUUUACGCGCCCUUGGUCUGUAGUGCCUCUGGACGCAUCCAGUCAACCGCAGUUCACGCAGUGGCAGAUUGCAUACGCGCUGCUGCACUCGUACCCUUCGCUCCGGCGCCUGCAGGACGAUUUGGCCAGUCACUCCCGCCACAGCCUCGAGACGAGCCAGUUGGCACAACUCGCAAAGCAGCAGCAGCCGCGUCGUCGUCGCUCGAUGGCUGCUUCAGGCUCUGCAGUCAUGUCGCGCCCGGUUGGCGUGAACGGCGUCCCUCUCCUUCAUCCAAGCGAGGAUCUCGAGCACGUGUGGCCGUUGCGACGCCUCAUUCGGGAGCUGCACAUGUCGCGCGCACGAAUGGCAACCUUGUUCGCGACCGCGGUUGGCUCGCCAAUGUGGCUCAUCGAGCAGUGGGUCCAGAAUCCGCCAGCGAUGCCGGCAGGUCUGUCUCCUGCCAGCUAUGUUGCGCACACGCAGUAUGUGCAACAUGUCCAGCGCGACUUUGCGCUGUUCAAGGAGCUUGCCCACAACGAAGACAGCGUGGUCAACCAAACCCAUCGUGCUGAUGCCGAGGAUGAACAGAUGGAACUGGACCAGGACGUCCAACAACUAACCGAGCAGCAGCAGCAGCAGCAGCAGCAACAACAACAACAACAACAGGAUCAUUUCAUGGCACAGUUUGAUGAGCUGUACCACGCCGAGGACCGGUUGAAACGAACGGCAUUUGAGUCGCUCGACCGUUUUCUUGGCAAUUUCAUGAGCCAGUGGCGCCAAGAUCUCGCUCGAGAGAACUGCCAGUACUUUGAAUACGCUCGCGAUGGUACCCUCCGCGUUGGCGCCUUCAACUCGACCGUCGUGUCGCACCAGCUGCGCAAAGAGUUCGGCCUGGGUGGCGCAGACUACCUCGUCCUUGACCCGCGCAUUCCCGACCGCCGCCACAUUGGCGACCUCCUGCCCCUUCCUCAACUCGGCGACUUUAUUGACGGGCCAUCACCGACCGUUGGCGAUGCUCCCGGGAAAACCACCGAUCGUCAAGCCAGCAGUGUGCUCAAAAAGCGCCGCAAAAUGAUGAACAAGCACAAGCAUCGCAAGUGGCGCAAGAAGCACCGCGCCUUGCUCAAGCGUCUUGGCAAGUAAACGCAAUCUUGCAACCGUUAUGUGUGUGUGUGUGUGUGUGUCCAUUGCGUGCCUCGCUCCUUUCACGUCUGGACUAAUACAAACAAAAUAUCACGAACAAGUCGACAAAAACAAAAUGUGCUGGAG